AUGAUUUCGUGGUCGCACAAAAACAAACUUAUUCCUUCUGUUUAUGCAGGUAGUGUAAUAAAGAAAUAUGGUGAAGGGAAACCUAAAGCUGUGACAUACUUUGGGCCUACAUACGUAGCAAUUCGUAGUGAAAAGCAUUCUUCCUCUAAUUCAGAGACUCAUGCCACAGGCAUGCAUAGACUUUCUGAAACACCUGCUUUCAAAAACUUUUUGAGAACUCGAGAAGGUUUUGUAAAACCCGUAUUUAUUUUUUCCUGCGAUGGUGGUCCCGGCGAAAAUCCGCGUUACGAGCGAGUUAUAGAUUCAGCUAUACAACAUUUAAAAUUUUUUGACUUGGAUGCUAUUUGCAAUGCCACAAAAGCUUAA